AUGACCUUUGAAGCCCAGACAUUCAGCAGCGAGUGUGGAUCCAUCAGCACAAGCCUAGGAGACGGUGCUAGAAAUGACUUCUCCAUUUGCACGGAAAGCGGGAAAGGAGGACACUUUGGCGUCGGUAUAUCCUGCGUUCCAGAUUCAAGCAUCCAAUUCCCUCUCGACGCUGACGAACCGGACGCACCGGCCUCUCUACUGACCAGCUGUGUGGCCACCCUCAACUUAGUGGAAGAAGGGAAUGGUUCCACCACGGCCGAUCGGGUCAGAAAUGUAACAAUGACCAUCGCUAAAACGGAGGAAGGUGCGGAAGACGACCGGCUUAUCUGCGCAUAUUGGAGAAAACUCUACGCGAAUGAAUCAGAAGGCUCGUGGUCUGAAGAUGGCCUUCGCGUGGUAGGCAGCAACGCAAGUCACGUGAUCUGCUCCUCUGACCACCUGACCAACUUUGCUAUUCUUGUCCGGGUGGUGCCGAACAAGCAGCCAUUGAGCCAAACACAUGACACGAUCCUGGAAGUCUUAAGCAUAGCAGGUGGAGCAAUAUCGGUCACAUGCCUCAGCAUUACGCUCGUCCUCUAUAUUUGGUUGAAGGUCUAUCGAAGUCAGACACUCGUCAUCCACGCAAAUCUUGCAGUCAGCAUCCUAGUUUCACAGGUGAUCUUUCUCGUGGGAAAGGAUGCCAUUGACAACAAGGGUGUGUGCAAGCUUGUGGCGGCGCUGUUGCACUAUUCCUUGCUGUCCUCGUUUUCCUGGAUGAUGCUAGAGGGCGCCAAUCUGUAUCUGAAAUCCACCAGUAUUUUCCGGACCAACAUUCAAGUCUGGCUACUUUUCGUGUUAGGAUGGGUGAGCCCCUUGCCAAUUGUUGGAGUAUCGCUUGGAGUGAGAUUCAACGACUAUACGUCUGUGCAUAGCUGCUGGCUGAACAACGAGAACGGUCUUAUCUGGGCGUUCGUCGGCCCGGUCAUCAUAGUUACCCUGUUGAAUUUGUGCGUGCUUCUCAAAGUGAUCCACGUGUUUCUAUCUCUGGAGGCGAUGGCAGACAAGCCUAGAGCGAAACGAAUCAAGGCCGGUGCACGCGCAGUUUUGCUGCUGACACCUCUGCUGGGAAUCACGUGGCUGAUUGGCCUAUUCGUCAAUGUGGACGGAGCAGACUUGGUGGUGUCUUAUCUGUUCGUCAUUCUCAGCUCGUCACAGGGAGUGUGCAUCUUCCUUCUUCACUGCGCUCUCAACGAAGAGGUCGGCAAGGCCUUCAAGCUUAAGCGUGACAAACUGCGGAAACUCCACUCCUCCAAGAUCCAUCCCAACCAGGGCCGGACCAGCAAAACUACUGACGAUUCCAGGCGGAGUAAACAGAAAAAGAAAGCGGUUACAUGGGGACCAUGUUUGUCCACCGACAAAACUGGAUUUCAUUCUGACUCCACAAAACGAAGUGAGGUGCACCACGAUUCCACAAAGUGUUGAAUCUCGUCGUUUUUUUCUCGCUGUUAUUCUUUGCUUAUUACUCUAUGAUUUAGAUAAAACUGUAUCAUAUUAACAAACUCGGCUUGUUUCAUUAAUGAGUAAUUAAUGUGUAUCAAUAAAACAGUCCAGUCAUGCGCUGCGCUCGAAACAUUUUACUUUGGCUGACAGUCAAAAGUGCAUGCAAAACGAAUUAGCCAGUUCGAUAUAUCAAUUUCAAAAAAUGUAAGGUCGUUCGAAAGAAAAGAACACUUAAGAGUCAGCGUAUGGUCGCCCUGAUAGGGCAGAUCUCUGAUGCGCACGUUGCUGUUCCCGCAUUACCUUGGACACGCUUCACACUGCUAGAGAACCGAAAUGGCUCGUUCAAUAAUGGUACAAAUUUUUGGGGGGAACAUAUUCUGCUUACCGUUUGCCAAUCUCCUUUUAAAUGUCCAAAAUAUUGUUUGAUAUCUCUCUUUGGAUAGUUGCUCUUAUGGGAAAGUGAAUCAUUUAAAUAUUUAUAGUUGAAUUGAACAUAUUUAACCUAGUGAAUGAUGGCGCUGUUGUCGAGAGGUCACAUUCAGGAAGACAGUGUUAAUAAGGGGAUUCCACUGGGGCCCCAACUGGCUGCUCGUUGGAAAUAAAAUUGGUGAUAAGAAUUUUUUUCAACGGCCUGCUGUCAAGUAAAUACAACAAUGAACCAAUAACUCUAAAACGCCAAAAUAUGAGCAGAUCUUAAUUGGUGCUGGAAAAGGUGUGAAAUUGAGGUUUCUUAUCGGAAUGAUAUCGCUGGUUUGCUCCUGAGUAUGUGCAUUGAUGCCGGGCAGAUUCUCUGAAAAUGGCAAAAGAACAUUGCAAAUAAGGUUCAAUGGGAGAAAGGGUACAUUUAAUAGGAUCAGAAUGUGUCAGAAACCUUCACUGCACGGGAUCUUCAAAAUUUGGGAAAUGUAAGAGGCAAGAGUUCAUUCUGGUAAACGUAUAAAUGUAUAUUGUAAACAUACUGAAAUUAUCAUUGUUAUUGUAUAAGUAGUAAACUAAUUACCUAAUACGGCCGCUUCACAAGAGUGCGCCACCAAGAGUUUGCAAGGC